AUGAUAUUAAUUAUUGAAGGGUAACCUUUAAUGAAGAAAUAUAAGAUCUCAAAUUCAAAUAGAUAACCAACUAGAAGCAUCGGAGUUUCAAGGAUUUCAACAAUUCCUGAAAUUAGAGAUGAAAAACCUUCUAAAAAAGAAUUCAAACAUAAUGUAAUAAGUCUAAAGGAAUUGGUUCGUAAGAAUGUGGAGAGUAAAUUAAUAAAAACACCAGAACCUCCUCUAAAAAGAAAGGUAAUAAUACCAGAAGUCUCGGAAGAAUAAUUUAAGUCUUAAAUAACUCCAUCAAUCUGUAAAUAAAGAGUGAUCCAUUUAUUUGCAAAGAGAAAACUCUAUAUAAAAUAAUUCAAUACUUCACUUUCUUCGUUUAAAUUAAGUUGA